AUGUCGACAGACCCAAAGACGACGAUUCCACGAGCUCCGCAAACAGCGAAGACAACGUUGUACAAACUUACAGGACCUCAUCGACGCAGGCGUUGUCGUUUACCUGUCGCACUUGCUUGUCGCGCUUGUUGUAAGAAAAUGGCUCGAUCAACUUUGCUUCUUGCCGCGGAUUUCUAG